AUGAUGCUCAAUUCAGAUCAGACGGAAAUCGACCUGCAGCCCACGCACUCCGAGACGGAGUCGGUCUUCAGUGACUGUGGCGGAGGCCGAACGCUCAGCAUUGAAGACGGAGGCAGCCUCGGCCUGUGCAGCCAGCCCCGUGCGGCUGAGUCCGGCGACACCGUGAAGAAAGACCUGCAGCAUCUCAGCCGAGAAGAGCGGCGGCGACGGAGGCGGGCCACAGCAAAGUACAGGACGGCACACGCCACGCGAGAGCGCAUCCGCGUCGAGGCCUUCAACAUGGCCUUCGCGGAGCUGCGCAAGCUCCUGCCCACGCUCCCCCCGGACAAGAAGCUGUCCAAGAUCGAGAUCCUGCGGCUUGCAAUCUGCUACAUUUCGUACCUGAACCACGUCCUUGAUGUCUGA